AUGGUGGUCCCUAAGGCAAAAGUACUGGAUGUUCUACAGCUGUACGGUAAUGGUUGUUCAGGAGGCCACCUGGGAGUUAAACGAACUCUACUGAAGAUCCGAGAACGGUUUUACUGGGUACACUGUCGUGACAAUGUUGAGGACUGGUACCGCAAAUGUACAAGUUGUGCGGCUGUAAAGGGACCUCAAACUCGUAGUAGCGGCGAAUUUAAAUUGUACAAUGUUGGUGCGCCAUGGGAUAGGAUAGCCAUUGACGUUGCGGGGCACAUUAGGUUUCCUGAAAAUGAAAGUGGUAACAAGUAUUUCAUGGUUGUGAUGGAUUACUUCACUAAGUGGCCAGAAGUCUUCGCCAUUCCAAACCAAGAAGCUUCAACAGUUGCAGAUAAACUAGUUUAUGAAGUCUUCUGUCGUUUUGAAAUAUCUUUAGAGAUUCACAGUGAUCAAGGAAGGAAUUUUGAGUCUCAAAUAUUCCAGCAAACUUGCCGACUUAUGAGUACUCUAUAA